GAAAACCCGUAAUAUAAAAAGUUUAGUAUAAACAGAUUCACACACCAUCAAAAGGCAAUCUUUUUCAAUUUAUAUAUCAUUGAUAGUAUUUGAAUGAAUAGUAAUUCACCAUGGAAAGCUGCCAAACAAAUAUCAAGAUUAGGCUACAAGCCAUAAAACAAUUAGCAAUGACAUAAUUUCAAGCCGACGCGUUUCUUCGAUUAGAUUGGAGCCUCCUAUUUAAUAAAUCUCAUCGGGUGAUAAGAUAAGAUGGUGCGCAUUGCAAAUCAGGAGGCGUAAUCCCCGGCUGUAUAUAAGAAGGUUGGUCUGGAUGGGCAUUGCCCAUUUGUGAAAAUGACAACCGUUAGCUUGGCGAUUUUGCUCAGCAGCUGUUUGCUGUUGUUAGUGCUGCCCGUACAGUCCGCACCCAGUAGCCUAAACGGCCGUGUGGUGGGCGGCGAGGAUGCCGCCAAGGCGCAGUUUCCCCACCAAGUCUCCCUAAGGAAUGCCGGUUCGCACAGCUGUGGAGGCUCCAUCCUGUCCAAGAACUACAUCCUAACCGCCGCCCAUUGUGUGACCAAUGAGGACUCUAACGGAAAUCACAUUGCCAUUGCUGCUGAGCGCUUAACCAUUCGAGCUGGUUCCAAUGAUCGGUUCAGUGGCGGACUUCUCAUCCAGGUGGCCAAAGUUAUUGUACACGAAGGAUACGGAAAUUUCCUCAAUGAUGUGGCCCUCCUCCUGCUUGAAACCCCUCUAAUCCUGUCCAGCAGCAUUCAGCCCAUCGCUCUUCCCAGCUCGGAUACUCCAGCUGAUGUGGAUGUCGUCAUUUCCGGCUGGGGAAGGAUCAAGCAUCAGGGCGAUCUACCACGCUAUUUGCAAUACAACACCUUGAAGUCGAUAUCCACGGAACAGUGCGAGGAGCUGAUCGAUUUUGGUUUCGAGGGCGAACUAUGCCUGCUUCAUAUGGUGGACAAUGGUGCCUGCAAUGGCGAUUCCGGUGGACCGGCCGUUUACAACGACCAGUUGGUGGGCGUGGCUGGCUUCGUUGUGGGCGGAUGCGGAUCUACGUAUCCGGACGGAUAUGCCAGGGUCUUCUACUUCAAGGACUGGAUCAAACAGCAUUCGGAUGUCUGAAAUCAAAGAAAAUAGAUCUUUUUUUUUUGUUAGUUUUAAAAAUAAAUGUUUUUUUGUUUAAAAUAA